AGUAUGUUGCUGUGUUGCUAGCUUGCCAUUGGUCCUCCGUUUCGUGAAUGAAUGACAUCAUGUGUGUCCAUCUGCGACAUGACCCCCUCCCUCAGUAACGACGGUUCUCCCCCGGAGCUUCACGCGGUGAGAGCAGCCCGUUAAACCUGGUUGUCUUCCGGUCCUUGUAGCGGCUAACAGCUAGCAGCGGUGAGCUAGCAGUACAGGUGGCUAACAGCCUGACCUGUUACGUGUUGGUUAAACCUGAAUUAGACGGAGCCCGAAGAGAAGCUGGCUCCGCUUGGUUGAGUUUGUGAUUACCUGUACAGUUCCUCCAGGUGUGGAGUGAUGCAGCAGAAGUUGUGCUGCAGAGGUUCCGGUUCCUUCUUUCUGGAGAGGAACAGUCUGGCCUGCUGCGCCGAUUCCGACCUUCCUUUCCCCUGCCCCCGCUGUGGCAAUCAGGAGCGUUUCCGCUGCCUGGCUUCACUCCGUUCCCACCUGGAGUACCACCAUUCCUACCUAUUGCCGGAACUGAGCUCUGGCAGCUUCAGCAUCACCGGAAAACUCCCUGACCAGCUGAUGGCAGCCAUCCCCUGGCAGGACUCCAGCCUCCCACCCUGGCGAGGGCAGCAGAGCAGGGAGAGGUUGCCUCACGUCCGCUCCCUCAGUGACAGCAGAGACGACGGCGACUCUUACAGCUCUGCGAGGAGGCGCACCCAGAGCGUCGCGGUGGGGACGCAGGAGGAAGGAGGUGCUGAGGAUGAAGAUGUCUUACAAGAAGAAGAGGGGGAUGGAAGUAAAGAAGAUGCCAGAGUGUCUGUUAAAAUGUCAGACCCAGGUCACCUCCCAUUCCGUCCUCCUGCUCCUGUUGGUCUGACCCCGGGUCAGGACCAGCUUUCUUCUCAGGACCCGGACCAGGUCCUGGACCUUGUUGAUCAGAGGUCCUACUCCGGCAUGGAGACGGCGGCGGCCUCGGCGGCAGUGCAGCUGCGCCUGGCCAGCAUCCUGCGGGCGGCGGACAACACCAUGCAGCGGCGGUUGGCCAGGGUCAGCACGGACCUGGCUCAGACCGACACCGAGCUUCUCUGUGAGCGCGCUCACUCGCAACACCUGGCCCAGAAGAGACAGGAAGUGGCGGAUAGAGAGCGCUCGCUGAGCCGGCAAGUGGACGUGGCCGUCAUGGUGAUCGCUGCGCUGAGGGAGCAGCUGAAUGCCUCGGAGAGCGAGCUGGAGAGAAGGGAGAGGGAGGUGAUCACCAUUCAGAAGUUCCUGGAGGCGGCGUCACGACAGGAAACCAGCGGGAAAGUUCGAAUCCAGAACUUCAUUGAGAACCUCCUGAGACGGAUCGCUCUGGCCGAGAGGCUUCUGGAGUAUUACCAGGCCAACAGGAGCCCCUCCCAGUACAGCAAGUCCAAGCAACCUGAUCACGGACCACACAGAAUCACUAAAACCAGGUCGGCAGCAGGCCAGCUGUUCUCAUCUGGUUUCCAUGACAACAGAACCCAGUACUCCUCCCAGUUCAGCGGCCAUCCUCCAUUCUCCAAACCAGGUGGGGGGGGCCUCAACCGGGAGCUCCUGGCCCAGUCGUCCAGACUGUUCUGCCGGCCCGAACACAGAGACGACAUGUGGAACAACCAGCGCCGCCGGUGCACCGAAAUUGAACCAUCCACCAGUAACCAGUAGGGGGCAGUGUAGGGACCAGUUAGACCAGAUGGAAAGUAACAGGGGGGACAUUUGGAAACCAGUUCUGGGUCCUUACAGACCCUCUAUGCUGCUGCUGCUACUGGGAUCUCUGAAUGAGCCAAUCACUGAUCUCCUCUAUUGUCUCCAUGGUAAUCAUGUUUCCAUCUUACAAAUUCAGCAUCUCUAUCUGCUCUGAGGUCUCUAAUAUGCACCCUGGCGGAAUACCAUAAUCUGUAUGAAUAUGAACAAAAAUGAGGACAGUUAUACUAACAAUGGAGCUGAUUGGCUACGGGGAAAAGAGGUUAAAUAAAGAAUUACCUCCACUUUGGGGUAAUUUACAAGGAAAAAUGGCAUGUUAUGUUAUUACUGUACUCAGAUCUGACAUUUACAGAUCAUGUGAAAGGAAAGACGUAAAUCACUUCCACGUUUUAGUUCAAACUUCACUAAAUUCUGUUUUCAAUCAGACUUUAAGUUUCAGUGUGUUGUGUCAGCAGGAGGUAGAGGAGCUGGGAUGGAGGAAGAAACAUGGCCUGUAAGAGGUCACAUGGCUGUACAGCCUGGAGAUGAAUGGCUGCAUCUCUGUGAUGGAAAGGUAAAUGAAUUCCAUGUUUCUAGACUUCUUUUCUUGGCGGUGGGCAGCGAUUUGGUGCAUUAGCGCCACCAGCUGGCAGAUGUGUGGACCAGAAUGUCGGAUGGAGGACUGAGUGGUUAACUUGUGAUAUAUCACACCCUCUGUGAUGACGACAAACCUUGGACCCAGGUUUCCCUUGCCCGGACGUGGGUCACCGGGGCCCUCUUCUGGAGCCAGGCCUGGAGGUGGGGCACGGAGGCGAGCGCUUGGUGGCCGGGCCUUUGCCCAAGGGGCCCGGUCAGGCUCAGCCUGAAAGGAUGACAUGGACCUCCCUUCCCGUGGGCUCACAACCUGCAGGAGGGGCCACAGGGGUCGGGUGCAGUGUGAGCUGGGCGGCUGCCAGAGGCGGGGACCCUGGCG